CCAGGGGCGGGUCGGGGCCAAACCGACGGGAAUCAAAAUCCCAUCACCACCACCACACGCUGGCACUUGUACUUCUUCUCGUCAGCUAAGUAAAACGAAACUCACGCGAAACUGGGAAAGACAAAAUGGGAGAAACAGCAGGCCACCUCAGUCCAGUCUACCUGGACAACAUCGACAACUUCCUCAACGCGAGCAACGUCAUACAAAUCCCGUACAGCGACUUUGGCAAGGCCGCGACCAUCAACACCGCCUCCAUCGACGGCUAUGACUGGACGAAGCCGUUUCCCGGAAGCGCCGUCGAAGGGCACGAGGCCCAUCUCUACGUGACGCGCGACGUCCCCGUCCCCGACGACCUCUCCAAGAACUCGACCACGACCGUCUCCGCAUUGACCUUUAGCAUCCCGGCCAGCAUGACCAACUCGUCCGCCCGCCUGCCCGUCGACAUGGAUCCCUCGUGGUACAUUUGCCGGCACCUAUUCGUCAGCACCAACGAACAAGCCAGGAAGUCCGUUGCGGAGGGCAACAACUGCGACUUCUUGGAUGACACCUGCCGCCUCGACCUCAUCAACAGCCUGACGAGGCGCUGGGGCAAGGAGGACGGCCCGGUCAUGUGCUCGGCUAGGGCAGCUGAUUCGAUCCCGGCAAGCUGUUACGACUCCUUUGGUCACUCCCGCCAAGACGUCAUCGGGUUCGAUUCCAAGCAACUGGCCGAUUCGAACGCGGCCCCUCUUCUCACCUCCGACAAGUUGCUUGAAGGGACCUGGCGCAUGGGAACCGGAUAUAACGAAGCCCACGAUCGGCACGCCUAUGCGACCGCCGCGAACCGCACCUAUCUCAUUGCCACGGUUUGGGGCUACGCUCGAGACAUCGACCCGAAGCAUGUUCAAACGCCGCAGGUGUCUCUCUCGUGUCUGUCAGCGUGGUCACCACACGAUGCUUCCCAAUCGGCCUCCGCGUCGGGUACCGCCACGACAUCAGCAAAGCCCUCGUCGACGUCUUCGUCAACAGCCAGCAGGACUGGGUCCAACUUGGCGCGAAAGCUUGCCGCCGCUGCAGUUGCGAUCACGGCAAUUUCCCUUCUGAGCAUGUGAGAGCGGCGCACACCGCGCCGAAGCACCAGCGGUGCGGAACAUCUGGUCCAGCUUUGUUGUUAUCGCUCACUCCGCCCUCGACUCAAUGAUGAGGCGUUAUUAGGUAGCCAGUCUGUUUUGGAAUUGCAUAUUGUUCAACGACGCAUUUAAAAUCCUUAAUUAGCU